GUUUUCUCAAUCUCAAGCCCCCCCCUCCAUUUCCAAUUCAACUUUUUUGAAUCUCAUUAGGGUUUCGCUUCCAAACCCAAUUUCAGACUUCAUCUUUGUUGUGUUAUGGAUCCAGAAGCAGCCGAGUCGGUAACCAGGGACUCACGUCUGAAAUUUUACAAGACUACACUAUGCCUUGCAUUCCAGAGUUUUGGUGUUGUAUUUGGUGAUUUGAGCACCUCACCCAUUUAUGUCUACCAAAGCACAUUCUCGGGGAGGUUGAGGCUUCAUGAGGAAGAUGAUGAAAUUUUUGGGGUGCUGUCUUUGGUUAUCUGGACUCUGACUCUGAUUCCUCUGUGCAAGUACAUUAUAUUUGUAUUAGGAGCAGAUGAUAACGGUGAAGGUGGCACCUUUGCUUUGUAUUCUCUACUUUGCCGGCGUGUAAAAGUGAGUCUCUUGAGUGCUUCUCAUGUGCCAGAUGAUGAUAUAUCUACUUAUGACACUGGACAAUCUAGGAAAGAAACCAGGGCUAGUUCUCUUCUAAAGGAGCUUUUUGAUAAGCAUCAUAGUUCACGGGUUGUGUUGCUUCUUGUUGUGCUCCUAGGAACUAGCAUGGUUAUUGGGGAUGGAGUGCUAACCCCAUCAAUGUCAGUCCUCUCUGCAGUUAAUGGCAUCAAAAUCAAGGCUACAGGUCUACAUGAGAAUUAUACUCUGUUUGUUGCUUGUAUGAUUUUGAUGGGGCUGUUUGCCCUGCAGCAUUUUGGGACACAUAGGGUUGGCUUUCUUUUUGCCCCUAUUUUGGUGGCUUGGCUCUUAUGCAUUACUAGUGUUGGUAUUUACAACAUAAUACACUGGAAUCGAGGUGUGGUGAGUGCCUGGUCACCAUACUAUGUGUAUAAUUUUUUCAAAAAGGCUGGAAAAGAUGGAUGGAGCUCUCUUGGAGGCAUUCUUCUUUGUAUUACAGGUGCAGAGGCCAUGUUUGCAGACCUUGGACAUUUUUCCCAGCUUUCUAUUAGGUUGGCAUUUACCAUUGUUGUUUAUCCCUGCUUAAUUUUGGCGUAUAUGGGUGAGGCUGCCUACCUCUCCAAGCACAAAGAAGACCUUCAUAGAAGCUUCUACAAAGCCAUUCCUGAGGCUGUUUUUUGGCCAGUGUUCAUUAUUGCGACAUUGGCAACAAUAGUUGGCAGUCAAGCAAUUAUUUCUGCCACUUUCUCUGUCAUCAGCCAGUGUAGGGCAUUGAAAUGCUUCCCUCGUGUGAAGGUAAUACACACAUCAAACCAAAUACAUGGACAGAUCUACAUACCGGAGGUGAACUGGAUCUUGAUGGUUUUAUGCAUUGUUGUUGUGAUUGGCUAUGGGAAUACUGACAUGAUAGGCAAUGCAUAUGGUCUUGCUGUGAUCACCGUAAUGUUGGUAACAACCUGCCUGAUGUUUCUGGUUAUUGUUAUGGUUUGGAAGAGGAACACUCUAUCAGCUGUUGCUUUUGUUAUUGUUUUUGGAUCCCUGGAGCUGUUAUACUUUUCUGCAUGCAUUAUCAAGGUUCAACAAGGAGGCUGGUUGCCUAUCCUUGUCUGCCUGGUAGUUCUGGCUGUUAUGGGUAUCUGGCACUAUGGAACUUUAAAGAAACACUCCUAUGAGCUGCACAACAGGGUGGACCUAGAGACACUUCUAAGCCUGAGCACAAACCUUGGAAUAUAUCGUGUCCCUGGCAUUGGCUUAAUCUACUCAAAUGUGGCCUCAGGUGUCCCACCAAUGUUUGCCCACUUGGUUACCAACUUCCCUGCCUUCCACAAAAUCCUUAUAUUUGUUACCCUUCAAUAUCUCACAGUUCCUAAAGUUCCUGCCAAACAGCAAAUUCUAGUUAGCCGCAUUGGCCCAUCAGAGUUCUGCCUCUUCCAUUGUGUUGUUAGGUAUGGUUACAAGGAUGCAAGGAAGGAUUCUCAUGCUUUUGAGAGUCAUCUUAUUGAAAGUAUAGCAGAGUAUUUGCAGCGUGGUGGUCAAGAUUAUGAAGUUGGAGGCUCAAAAGACAAAUUGGCCCUUAAUCAUUGGCAAUCUAACCCAGUAAUGGAUGUUGUACCUUUGAGACUAGAAAAUGAAGUUGGUGCUGCAGCCUGCAAGAAAAAAGUGAGAUUUCGUGGUGUGGGAUGUAGUAAGCAAUUGCUAGAGCUGAUAGAGGCAAGGGAAUCUGGUCUGGCAUAUAUGAUGGGUAGCACUUGUGUUUUGGCCUGUGAAUCAUCUUCCUUUUUGAAGAAGUUUGUAAUCAACAUUGUCUAUGGAUUCUUGAGACGAAACUGUAGGCAUCCAGCAACAGCUCUUGGAGUUCCGCACACGUCACUAAUUGAAGUAGGAAUGGUUUAUCGAGUGUAGAUACUGAAACAAGGUCAUGACUCUGUCCUCAACACUAGUGUAAACCGAUGCAAACAAAGUUACAGAAUCAGAUUGAUUGCAUUUAAUCCUGUUGAUAGGUUUGAAGAUCUUAGGUUUUGCAUAUCUUGCAGUUUUUCUUUUAGGAAUACUUAGAAACACGUACCUACCUUUCCACAGUUUUCUUUGUGCAAAAAGAUUUGUUAUCUUGGUCACCGUCACACCAUAUGCUUCUGUUACUUCAUUUGUAGAACUUAGAUUAUCUGAUUUAAUUGCUGGAAACAAUGGUGAGUAGGUUCUGCUCUG